UAACCCGAUUGUCAAAACCCGAAGAAGCCCAAAAAGAAAGUGCACAUAGAAUAGAACUCCGAGCCCUGGCUUCUAUACCUCCCAGCCGAUUCGCUAACAACGCAGCAAAGCAGUCGUACCGGACCUGCUCUGUCAUUCUCGUUUAGGUUUCUACAUAUGAUGGUGAAAGUUUGCACGCUGUCUGAACUUCAGUGUUUUUUUCUUACAUUGACAGUGGGGUUGUGGUGAUUGCUCUUUUAUUCUUUCAACAUGUCAUCCCUAAGGAAUGCUGUUAGCAGACGAGCUCAUAAGGAACGAGCUCAACCGCAAGAAAGGAAAAAAUUUGGGCUUCUUGAAAAGCACAAGGACUAUGUUGAGCGUGCAAAAGCAUUCCACAAAAAGGAGGAGACUAUACAGAGGCUCAAAGAGAAAGCGGCUUUUAGAAAUCCAGAUGAGUUUUACUUCAAGAUGAUCAAGACUCAAACUGUUGGUGGAGUCCAUAAAUUAGAGAGUCAGGCAAAUAAAUACACUCCAGAAGAGCUCAUGCUUAUGAAGACCCAAGAUAUAGGAUAUAUCCUCCAGAAAUUACAGAGUGAGAAAAAUAAAAUUCAAAAGUUGACUGCCAUGCUGCAUUCUCUUGAUAAUCACCCAUCCAAUAGACAUGUCUAUUUUGCUGAAGACUGGAAGGAGGCUAAAGAAAUACAAUCUUGUUCUUCAAAGGGUCGAAUGUUGACUGCAUCUGAUGGCAUUCCUGAACAUAUCAGAAGGAAAACAGAUUCUUCCUACAGAGAACUAGAAGCAAGGAGGAGCAGAGUCAGUGACUUGGAGAAAAUCUAUAUGGAUAUGACAAUGCAGAAGGAAUUACAGAAAAAGGGACGAAAGCGAAAGCUACGUGAGGAUGAGAUUGUCUGUCCCACGUCCAAACCUGUAUACAAAUGGCGUCCAGAGCGAAAGCGUUGAGAAGGGCAUCAUCUUGAUCUACUUUGAGCUUCUUUCUCUGUCUUUCAGAAUUUUUGUACUACAAUAUUUCAGGGUUGGCUCUCAUUUCCAACUGUAGAUUUAUCCUUUUUUUUUUUUUUGUGUUGGGUUUUAGAGUAUAACAUAAUUAUUGUAACCAAGUUCCAAGACACAUCUUUCUUAAUUUAUAUUAUAGCUUUUUCAAUUUAUUUA